CACGGUCUAUAGCGGAGAGCGCGCGUGCGCUGUGUUAAAAAAAGAAAAGUGUAUUUGUGUGUGUAUAAACAUGUUCGUGCAAGUUUUGUUUGUGUCUUUCCUUGCGGCGUAUGCGCAUGGUUUGCAAGUGAAUACUACUGAGGGUAUUGUUGAAGGAUCAAGAGCAGUUGAUGGCGAUUAUUUUGCGUUUUACGGUGUUCCGUACGCCGGGCCGACGUCUGGGCAAAACAGGUUUAAGAUGCCGAUGCCCCCAAAACCAUUUCCUGGAGUGUUUCGAGCCACCGACAGCAACAUAUUUUGCGCCCAACCCUCCUCCCGAGGCCUCAUUGGAACCGAAGACUGCCUGACAUUGAGCAUCUUCACAAGAAAUGUCACUUCACCAAAACCAGUCGUCGUCUUCCUCAACUCUGAUGAGUACACCAAUACAAACAACCAACCCAUGUCCUACAGAAGAUUUGUGGAACAAAAUAUUGUUUUCGUGACUAUGAAUUUCCGAUUGUCCAUUUUCGGAUUUCUUUGUCUCGGCGUCCAAGAAGCACCUGGUAACGCAGGCUUAAAAGACGUACUUCAAGGACUCAAAUGGAUUAAAUCAAACAUUGCGAACUUUGGAGGAGACCCAAAUAAUGUUAUUCUAAUGGGGCAUGCGUCUGGUGGUGCGCUGGUCGAUCUCCUCACGCUGUCUCCUCAAAUUGAGAAUCUAGCGCAUAAAGCUAUAGUACUCAGUGGUUCUGCGUUAGCUCCAUGGGCUGUAGGUUACGAUCCUGUUGGAUACGCCAAUCUAUUGGGAACAAAACUUGAGUACGACCACAAAACUCCCGAAGUAUUAGCACAACGUCUAAUCAAUACGGACAUUAAUGUUUUACACACUGCAUUGAAUGACUUCAAGUUCUUUAAUAACACGCCAUUGUUCGCUCCUUGUGUGGAGAAUCCGAAACUUAGUCCAAACCACACAGUUCUUGGUGACGCUCCUAUCAACAUCCUGAGAUCAGGUAAAUACGUUCAGAUUCCCGUUAUUUACGGUUACACCAACAGGGAAGGAACUAUGAGGGCUGAAGAGGCUGACUUUGGAAAUUGGUUGACUUUAAUGCAAACCAACUUUACCAGUUUUCUGCAGGUUGAUUUAAAACUAGCCAAUAACAAAACUGCCGUGGCAGCAUCCAUCCGUGACUUCUACUUUGGAAGCAGUGCAAUCAGUAUGGGAACUAUUGAAGACUUUUUGGAUUAUCAAGGAGACACGCUAGUCCUCGUCUCUACCAUCAGAGUAGCUAAGGAAAGAGCUCUAACUUCUAAGAGCGAAGUGAGAUUAAUGGAAUUUGCUUAUCUGGGAACCCUAAACUCCAAUUGGAUUCACAACCAGAUUCCUCUGAGUGGGGCAGCGCAUGGAGCCUUCCUAAAUUAUUUGUUCGGGUAUGACCUACGUCCUGCUGAUGAAGCAGUCAGCAGGGCACUCGUUGGACGUGUGUCAGCCUUUGCUUACAAUUGGUCAAACAAUACAUGGGCAGCCGUUACAAAAGACUCCACAAAUUACCUCUACUACGGUGGUAAUGGGGCUCCAACGGCCAACAACACUUCUAUCUACGUGGAGGAACCCAGGUUCAACCCCCAUGUCCAGCGCAUGUCCUUCUGGAACAACCUUUAUGAGAAGUUCUAUGUUGCUCCUACGCAGCCUAGUUCCUCAAAUAUUAUUGUCAGUUCUUUAUUAUUUAUUAUGCUCUGUCAGAUGGUAUUGCGUUUGUAUUAAGUUAGAGUAUUGCCAAUGUUAAAAAAUCGACUGUCAUAUUUUUUGUAAAUGUGAGAAAAUUAGACUUUUUGUUCAGGUCCGUGUACAAAGUGUUAUUUGUUCAUUGCAAACCAUUAACAUUGGAGUCAACAAAGUUAUGAAGUAAAUUUAUAGAUAUCAUGGUAUUAGGUAUGUGAGUGAUGUAUUCAUGAUGCAAAAAAAUAAUCACUAGUUUUCCAUAUUUUUGCUUAUUUGAACAAAGAACUACAUUUUCAGACAUCAUCACUUCUGUAAAAACUUAUUUUAUUGUAUUUACAUGCCAAUGCAGCUAACACGAAGGUCAGGUCAGGUCAAGGUCUGUCUUUGAUUUAUCGACAAAUAGUUGUCACAAGUAUUUUUGUCGCCAUAUUUAAUUAAGUAAAUUAGGUUCUAAGUCAAUCUUUAAUUAAGGAAAGUGAUUGAAAGUGUGUACGAAGUGGACAUAUUGAAAUAAACGUAAAUUAUAUUGAAAUAAGAACCAAUAUCGUAAAUAAAAUAUCUGUCUAAGUAUUGCAAUAAAAAAAGAAAGAGUAUAUAAUCACAUUUAUUUUGUUAAAGUAGAAAAGAUUAAACUUAUAAACUUCAUCAUUUAACCGCUUUAUUGAUUGAAAUUUCAGAGUCAAAUGUGUGUGUCAGUUAGUAAAUGUCGACCUCAUCGUUCGCUUGAUAAAAUUGACGUGUAAAAGUGCUGCCUUGUAGCCUAUUUGCAGAAAUAAAUUCACUUGUUUCACUUGUGUAUAAGGGUCUUUUUUCAAAAUACCGUAGAGACUGAAAUUAGACUCGAUAUUAGUCCUAUUAAAAUGAGAUUUAAUAACAUCACUUGUAAAAAUGUAACGUAAGUAGGUACUAUGUUUAUAUUAUUAACGAAUAAGUUAUUAUUACGCAAUGUAUGGAAUGACUCCAAGUCAAGUCAAGAGUGAUGUGGCUAAGAGCUAUAUUCAUAGAUAUAAUAAAGAAUAACUGUUUUAUAUAUUUGACUCGUUGACCGAGUGGUCGCAAAUGC